AUGUCAGGUCCUAUAAAAAUCUCAAUAAAAGGCUUAAGAAUCGAAAAAUCAAUAGGAGAUAGCCAUGAAAGAAAGAAUGAAGUUAAUGAAGGCAAUCAAGCUGAUGAAUAUGAUGAACUUGAAAGAACGUUAGAAGAAAGUUCUGAAAGAAGAGCCGAGUUAAUCAAAG